UGAGAUACGAACAUUUGUGUCUGAUUCAGCACACGUUGCUUCAUGUUUUGUUAGACCAACUGAGGAAACUCAGUUAAGUAUUCAUUGCAUAAGGGGUGGAGCUCUCUCGUAGCUGCUGUGGAUUGUCUGAGUUAAAAGAACAGAUUUCUGUAAAAGCUGCCUUGUGAAGAGACUGACAACUUGUCAUCGACAAGGCAGUUGAUCCUCUGUGCUGGAACCACUAGCUUUGCAAAGUGACAAGGCUCGGAUGUAAGCUGCACAUAGUGUAUUAAUAACUGGUGAUCUACAGCAGAUGCAUGGACGUCCAUAAGGAAUGAUCUAGUGUGUUAUACUGUCCUUUAUCAUGUGGAUGUUAAAUUAAGAAACAGCAUUUCUUGAUUCUGUAAUUGGGGAUUGGCAGACACUUCAAACAGGAUACCGUCCAGACUUUUGGUGCUGAUGUUACAGUGGCAUAGACAGCAGACAAUGAUACGUCAAGAUAAAGUGUCCCAGACUCAAGCAGGUGUCCAACCCCAACCAGGAAGAAAACUUUCUCAGUAGAACCAGCUGCAACACACCUGCAGCUGUAAUUCAGUGUUGCUGAUCUUCAGUCUGUGAAGAUUCCUGCCUGAUGGAUAUGAAGUUGAACAGACAGAAGGGAUUUUAUUUUUAUUAUACCAGCAGUGAAGAGAAAGCCUGAGACUGUCAGAUAAAACACAGAACUUCUGGACUGUACAUAUACCUGCUUUGCUGGUUCCUCUGUAUGAUCUGAGUGCUAAUUCUACUGGUGUACCAGUAACAACUUGGUUUCUGGAUCUCUUGUAACAGAGAUCAAAAUGAGACUAACUGGCAAACCAAAUACAUAUACAUCUGGAUGGAUGAACAGUCUUUUUACUUUGUGCUUUAUUUUAUUGGAUGCAUUGCUAAAACCUUUGAUGCGUGUUCAAGUCACUGAUGGAUGGCAGGCAUGUGAACUUGGCAAAGGAGGUCACCAUCUGGGAUUUCUGGACUGGUGAGGGCAUGGUUAAUGUCACUGGACCUGAUAGCCAACAUGAGGAUGAGAAACCAUCAAAACUCACUUUGCGUGUGGUGACAGGUUGCCUACUAUUUCUUCUCAUCCUCUCCACACUGCUGGGGAACACACUUGUGUGUGCAGCAGUUAUUAAGUUCAGGCAUCUUCGGUCCAAGGUCACAAACUUUUUUGUCAUUUCACUUGCUGUGUCUGAUUUGUUUGUUGCUGUUUUGGUUAUGCCCUGGAGGGCUAUUACAGAAGUGGCUGGAUUCUGGCCAUUUGGUGAUUUCUGUGACAUAUGGGUGGCUUUUGAUAUCAUGUGCUCUACUGCUUCAAUUCUCAACUUGUGUAUUAUCAGUGUGGACAGGUACUGGGCUAUUGCAAGCCCUUUCAGAUAUGAGAGGAAGAUGACUCAGAGGGUUGCCUUUGUCAUGAUUGGGGUAGCAUGGCUUCUGUCAAUCUUAAUAUCAUUCAUCCCAGUCCAGCUGAACUGGCACAAAGCUGACUCAUUUCUGACAAUGGAGCAUCCUGAUAUAGUCUUUAACCAGUCCUUGAAUGAGAACUGUGAUUCUAGCCUCAAUCGCACCUAUGCAAUCUCAUCUUCUUUCAUUAGCUUCUACAUUCCUGUGGCUAUCAUGAUUGUGACAUACACACGGAUCUAUAGAAUUGCUCAAAAGCAAAUCCGAAGGAUAUCCUCACUCGAGAGGGCUGUAGAGCAUGCACAAAACUGUCAAGGUACUGAUGACUGUCCACAUGAAGCUUCCUUGAAAACAUCUUUCAAAAAGGAGACCAAGGUGUUGAAGACCCUCUCCAUCAUUAUGGGUGUUUUUGUUUUUUGUUGGCUUCCAUUCUUUGUCCUAAACUGCUUGGUUCCUUUCUGUGACAGCACCCUUCAGGAACCUGGCCAGCUGCCCUGUGUGAGUGAAACGACCUUUAGCAUUUUUGUGUGGUUUGGCUGGGCAAAUUCUUCGCUAAAUCCCAUAAUUUAUGCUUUCAAUGCAGACUUCAGAAAGGCUUUUGCCACCAUUCUAGGAUGUGCCCGACUUUGCCCCAGCACUACUGUGGAGACAGUAAACCUAAGUAAUGAGCUUGUCUCUUACCACCAUGACACAACAUACCAGAAGGAUGUUCUGACCCUCAGCUACCCCCAUUUACUGCCCCAUGCCGUCAUACAGCAGGACGAUGAAGAGGACAACGAUCUGACGUUUGACAAGGUGUCCCAGAUCUCUCAAACCUCUCCCAACCACCCAUCCAUCUUGCCAGUCAUUGUCCAUGGGGAAUGUGAGACAGACAUAUCUCUAGAAAAAAUAACACCAUUUACUCCAAACAUUUUGACUUGAAAACAAAACUUGGAAGGGCAAAGCAUUAUCGCUUGGUUAGCUGCUAAUGUUGCACAAUGCCCAUCUCAAAUUCUGCAGGAUUCUAGAAGUUUCAGUUAUGGACCAAACAAUUUAGAACACACUGUAAGAGUAUUUUACAGAACUGCCACUUCCAGUAACAGCUCAAGUGUUUGAGCAGCAGUGCCAUGGUUCUACGGUGGUAACAGUCUGUAAACUGACCUUUGGAAAUGGACAGGAAAGAAAAGACCAAAAUGCAGUAAUGGAGAAGCUGAGUUCAAUCAGCUCAGUUCACCUGUUUGAAGAGAAGGGGUUAAUUACCUGCAGUCAGUUCCUAAAGUAUUCUGAUCACGAGUGUUUUUCAAAAAGAAAUCCAAGAGGAAACCAUACUUUAUUACGUGCAAAUCCUAAAUGAGUGUCUUCAAGCAGAACUCCCAAGAUGAGAAAAUGCUUUGCUAUGCAGAUGUUAACUUUAAAGAGGAAUUACAAGUGGUGUUUUAAAAUUCAGUAAUGCUUUUUAAAUGACAUGAGAACGGGUUUUUAUUUAUGUUGCUACCUUUUUCUCUAGAAAUUUUCUUAACAGAAAUUAUGGGAAAUCUGUUGGAAGUACAUUUUAACAGAAGUUCCUUGCUGCAUAUAAUGAAGACUGACUGGGGCUCAGAAUAUGAGCAUGAAACAAGUGGGUAAGAUCUUCCAUGUUGUGCAAGUUGAACAGUUGUGUGCAUCUGUCUUUCUUCUUCCCCUGCCUACAACUCUCUCUCUCUCAAAAUGUGAGAGAAAAUAUAUUGUCGGACAUUUUUUUAUGUCACUAUGCAUUUUGAUGUAUGUAUAUAUAGGACAAAUGUAAAAUACCAGUGCAUCUCUAACAAGACACUCUUGUGUUGCUUCCUAGAUUAUUUUCUUAUGUGACUUCCCACAUAAAAUGUAUUAACAUAAAUUAUUAUCUGCGUAUCUGGAUAGAUUUCCCUUUAUGACAACAACUUUGUAUGUAACUCCAUUUACUUAUGCAAUAACCGAGGACUAACUGUGUAAACCUUGCAAGCAUACCAGCUUAUGUUGCUUACUAUGAUGUCAUGAUGUAUGACAUCACAGCAGAUCCUGAGGCUACAAGGUGUAAUGGCUAACCAAAGCAAGUUGUGUGCAUACAAAGCUAGCAUAAUACAAAUGUUAUGGUACAUGAA